UCGCGGAGGCGUCUGACGUCCGCCAUUGGUUGACAGAGGACGUAAGUACGCGCGCUUUCCCGCGCAUUCCCGCAGUUGACAGUUAGUUUCCCGCGUGCCAGACAACACACGCGCUAUUCCUGCGUUCUGAAGUUGCGAUCAAAGUUAUGAAGAUUGUCUGAUUUUCAUUUUUCCAACGAAUUUAACUAAGAUAUCAAUAAUGAUUCCCCCAAAGACCUGUCUGCUUUUCAUCAUCAUCAACUUGAUCUGCGUGGCCACCGCGCAGGAUAUGGACAAGCGCGUACCACAAGGCUUCCUCGGCAUGCGCGGCAAAAAAUACUUAGACUCUGAAGAGAUAGGAGAAUUGUACAAGCGAAAACCUCAAUUCUUCGUCGGUGUUAAAGGAAAGAAAAACGCCGAUACAGAUUACGACAAACGAGCGAGAAUGGGUUUCUUUGGUAUGCGAGGAAAAAAAGAAUAUCCUGAAUUAAUGUUCCCGAAUAACUAUCCCCAAAGUGUUGGCUCUUUGUUCGGACAAAUAGAGUACGCAGCUAAUGAGCUACCUAUCAAUCAGGAGCCAUUUGAUGAUUUGAUUACUGAUUACAUUCAAAAACUGCAAGGAUCUAAUCUAAGUCCUGAACAUAUCGACACAGAGAUCAUACCGAACGACUUUGACAUGACUAAUGAAGUGGAUAAGCGUGCGAAUCUUCAUCAAUUCUACGGUGUACGAGGAAAGAAGUCGAUUCAGAAUAAGCGGCCGUACGAUCUAUCGUUCCGUGGCAAGUUUAUUGGUGUUCGCGGGAAGAAGAAUGUUAAGAACGCACAAGAGAUCAAGUUCCUGUUGGGAGAGAACGGGCCCUGGCCAAAGCGGAAGGCGCAGAUGGGAUUCUUUGGAAUGCGAGGCAAGAAGUGGACCGAUGAAUCGAGCCUAGAGGAGACAUCGUAUUAGACGCAAUCAAAUCCGAAAUCCAAAGCGAACUCUUCCGUCUUGAAGACUUCAUUUACUGACAUAUCUUAUUCGUAAGAACGUUUUGCCAAUUUUGAAAUAUAAAAGUGAAUUUCAUUGCUGUAACACUAGUAUUAAAACAUGUAUUUUUCAAAGAGUGGGAUGACAUGUUCUUAUACAAGUAGGACAGUGAAAACUCACUUAAACAAGGCUUAAUAGCGUUGUUUAUACUAGUCAAUAUUUUAAGAUGUUACUAUAAAAUAAAUAAUUUAAUUUGAAUGUGUUUUUGUCUGUUGUAUUCUGUAAUUUUUAGAUGUUUUAAAUUAAUAUCAAAAUUAAUGU